AUUUGCUAGAGAGAGAACUCCAUCUCCCGGCAGGACCCGGGUCGGGCAGGGGGACACCGGCAGCUGGCUUCCCCGACUUCCCAGAGUCAAUCAGGUGGCCCUCUGAAGAGGAUGGAGGGGGUCCGGGACACUGGGGCUCCGGAACCCGGAGAGAAUCAGACCUUAAAGCCGUGUCUGCUGCGCCGCAACCACAGCCGCGAACAGCACGGCGUGGCGGCCUCCUGCCUGGACGAUCUGAAGAGCAAGGCCUAUGACAUCCUGGCCAUCGAUAAGUCCCUGGCACCAAUUACCCUGGUCCUGGCAGAGGACGGCACCAUAGUGGACGAUGACGAUUACUUCCUGUGUCUGCCUUCUAAUACGAAGUUCGUGGCAUUGGCCGGUAAUGAAAAGUGGGCAUACAGCAACUCAGACGGCGGCACCGCCUGGAUUUCCCAGGAGUCCAUGGACAUAGACGAGACGGACAGCGGAGCGGGGCUCAGGUGGAAGAACGUGGCCAGGCAGCUGAAAGAAGACCUGUCCAGCAUCGUCCUCCUCUCAGAGGGGGACCUCCAAGUGCUCAUCGACGUGCCCUGCUCAGACCUGGCCCAGGAGCUUGGCCAGAGCCGCGUCACAGUCCAGGGGCUGCAGAACGCCCUCCAGCAGGUGCUUGACCAGAGGGAGGAAGCCCGUCAGUCCAGGCAGCUCUUGGAACUCUACCUCCAGGCUUUGGAGAAGGAGGGCAGCGUCCUGUCAAAGCAGCAAGAGCCCGAAGCUGGCUUCAGUGACGAGAGGGACGCCGUGGACGCAGGUGUGAGCAGAGCGAGCUCCUCGGAAACUGCCCUCUCAAGCCAGAUCCUUACUGCACUGAAGGAGAAGCCUGUCCCAGCGCUGAGUUUGUCUAGUCAGGAUCUGGAGUUGGUUACCAAGGAAGACCCCAAAGCACUGGCUGUUGCUUUGAACUGGGACACAAAGAAGACGGAAGCUGUCCAGCAGGCCUGUCGCGAGGAGCUGAGCCUGCGCCUCCAGCAGAUCCAGAGUUUGCGGGCUCUCCGGGGUGUUUCAGUCGGGAGGAGUUCGCCGCCCGGAGAACCGCAGGCUCCCAAACGGGCCAGACUGGACCCCACGUAGCUGGGGCUGCAAACCUGCCAAAGAGAACCCGUGACCUUGGUUCUUGUCAUCAGUAAAUGCUUCCAACCGUUUCAGCCGCCUGUGUAACUGUUCCCCCCUCUUCCGCUUUUGAGUGCGUUCUCCUGGAAGUGCCUGGAAGACGGGCUCCGUGCCGCCUCCAGAAAAACUGUUCCAGAUCUCGGCACCCGCCCUUCUGCCCCUUGUGAACCCUGCAGCAGCACCAGCAGGAUCAAACCUCCUCUAGUCAUUGCAUGUUCUCUGUUUUAAAGCCAAGGCGAAGGGCAGCGGAAAGAAGCUGUCAUAUUUCAGACUCACCGCUAUGCGCUAAAGAUGGAAAUGCAGAACUCAGACACAUUAUGGCAGAGAAGGUGACGUAACAGUGUUGAUUACGGCCACACACACACACUUGUUCUCAAGGUAAUGGACCUUUUCAUCUGUCUGUCUGAAGGCACAUACUAAGUUGGCAGGCCAUAGGGACAUACGGAGACCUCACCAUUUCUAGUACUAACUCAGUAUUAUGAAAUCAGAUCUGAAACUCUUUCCGCUUUCCAAUGUGUUUUAUCAGCAGGGGGCAUAAAAGGCCAGUAAGUCUAUUUCCACGCGAUGCGACUCCAAGUCUCUGGGAGCAAAGCAGCGACUUCUGUUUAUGCACCUCCUGUUUCUGCACGAAUGUCUGGUUCAGGCUUCGUAUCUGCAGCGCAGUCUCCUUGCAGGGAAAAGGUCAUGGGUUAUCAGGGAUUUAUUUUUUUAAGCAUGCUUAGAGGAAAAUAGAAUGCUAUUAAGCGAUACAUUGGCUAGUUAUUAAAUAGAGAAAUAAAACUAAGUCCUGAGGCCAGGAUGGGCACAGAAACCAAAAACGGAACAGAAAGAACUCGUUCCUCCGCCUGGGGUCUUCCAGGAGGGCUCAGCUGUACUCAUCCCCCUUUCCCUGACGCCCUCCCCGUGCGGUUCCGCCUUCCUGGCCCCGGCAUUCGCUCUUUUGACAGCAUAUUUUGUUCUGCCUCCUUAAUUAUCCUUAAGUGAGGGCCAGGGCUGACGACUUACCUACGCACGUGCUCUGAGAAGCACCGACAGAACCCCCCGAACGUGGUGUUUCAGAAGAAACGAGGGAAGUGAUUUCCAAUAAAAUGGCUCAUCAGUGCGUCUCUGUGUCUGACCGUGCCGACCGCGCAGGGAGCGGCACUGCCCUUUGUAAUGGGGUUUCCCUAUCACUGACGUUCUGAACAAAAUAACUUUUUUUUUUACAAGGUAGCUGCAUUCUUGGAAAACCCGGGGAACAUUAAAACUGGAAAAAAUACUUUCUAUGUCAAACGGAAGUCAGUUUCAGGCUGGGCUAACUUGGAACAUGUUUUUAUCCAUAUGAAUACCCAUUGGGACGUUCAAAAGCCACACCCUAACCAGCAUGAUUCAGUCGGGCAUUGUCCUGAAAAGCCAAAGGUGGCUGAAAAUUUCCAGUUAGGGCACAUGCCUGGGUUGCAGGUUUGGUCACUGGAAGGGGGCGCACAAGGAGAGGCAACCGAUUGACGUCUCUCUCUCUCUCACAUCCAUGUUUCUCUUCCUUUCUUUCUCCUUCCCUUCCCCUCUCUAAUAAUAAAUAAAAUCUUAAAAAGUCAGGUGGGACAUGGGACAAUUCUUCACUGUGAGGAAUUGUCCUAUAAGUCGCUGGAAGACACUUAUCCCCCCUCCCUUCCCCACUGGCCAAACACCGCCAGCAACCUUCAGGUGCUGAGACAGCUGAAAGCUUCCUCGCACAUUUCCAAAGGGCCCGCGGGACAGUCACGCCAGCAGACGGUUCCCACAGUUUUGCAGUCUGCCCCUCGCUGGCGCCUGUCGUGUGAGGGCCUCGCGAAGCUGAGCGAGCUGGGCAGGGGGUGUGCAGCCUCCCGCCUCCCACUCUGUACCCGAGUGACGUACUCAGCGAGGUUCGGUGACUUGCCUCGUGUCACGGCCCGGGGCCGGGACUCAAAGACAAGUCUGGUUCUGAUCCCUGCACUCCUUCCACUUGUGUUUUCUCUUAGGUCCGCACACUCUUCAUUUCUACAGCCCGAACACUGACUUUGUUACACUGAUGUAAUCGAUUCGGAGCCGACUCCCACUGGAAAAGGCCUCUUAUGUCUACAACAUAACUGCCCAAAGAAUUCUUUUUUUUUUUUUAAGAUUUUACUUAUUUUUCAAGAGAGAGGAAGGGAUGGAGAAAGAGGGAGAAAAACAUCAAUGUGUGGUUGCCUCUCAUGUGUCCCCUACUGGGGACCCGGCCCACAACCCAGGCAUGUGCCCUGACUGGGAAUCGAACCAGCCACCCUUUGGUUCACAGGCCUGCACUCAGUCCACUGAGCCACGCCAGCCAGGGCCCCAAAGAUCUCUAAUUGUAGUCAGCAUGCUGGCGGGGCAUGAGAAGCAAGCAAGCUGCGAGAACACCGUUCAGUCAGCACAACAGCAAAGGAAGCUACAGAACAGAAUUUCUACUCGCCAGUUCCAGCAGCAUCUCCAGCUUUGCUCCACUGAACUAAAAACCUUUUCUCGAAUUAUUUUUGUCAAAUACGCAGUGGAGCUUUGGUUGCCUGGCCUGGCGGUUGGUAUUCUGUACUUGGAACAAACUCACCAAGCAUCUCAGCUGCCCGGAUAGGGUCAUGGGAAAAGUACUGUGGCUUUGCAGUAAGACAAACCCAGGUGGAGUCCAGCCUUUCAAGACCUUAGUUUCCAAAAAUGUAAAGUUAGCGUGAGGCCCUGAGAUGGGAAGGGUUAAAUGACGUGUGAGAAGGCCCACUGUGCCUGGCCUAGUACCCUACAGAGUGGUUCCCUUUCACUUCCCCAGGGACAGGAGAUGGGGAUGCAUCUUCAGGAGGUGCCUGCCUGUGUGUGGGUGUCUAGGGCAAGACCCUGGUCUGCAAGCUCUAGCCCCAAGGUGUGGUGAGAGCCGGUGCACACCCGUGGCCCUGCCCCUGGUGACCCGCGCCCCCUCCACCCGAGCCUCCGGUCCUGACACAGACAAGUGGCCUUGCAGCAAUCUGUCUAGAAACAGGAGCAUUUUACGGUAGAAGGAGUGUCAAAGAAAGCAGCCGGGACUGAUGAACUCGACGUCAGCCAGGUCCCAUUCUUCCACCGCAAGUCAAAUGUCAGCCCCCAUUAGGCAAUUGGCUUUGACAGGAGCUGUGCUAAUUACCACUUACCAACCUUUAAU